AUGUAUAUGAAUUUUCUCUCAAAGACAAAUGGAUAUCUUAUCAUCCAUUUACUAAUCUCACAGGAUUCACUUCAACAGCAGAUUUUUCUAGUCUCCCAGAAUUUACUUCAACCGCAAGCACAAGAGCAUGAGCAUGAGCAUGAGCCUAUCUUCGACAUAUCUGAUGAGUGGGAUGAUAAUGAGAUGAUCAACUUUCUACGGCAAUCACCGAUCCCAGAUGAUGCAGCUCUUUACCAGGAUGGAGAAGAGGAAUGA